AUGCUUCAAGAACGCCUGGCCGAUAUUGCUAUACUCCUUUUCAAGGUCCUAUACGAGGAGCACGAUGUUAAAUUCGGGCUCUUUGGUGACUAUGCGGUCAGCGUAGUUGUCAAGAGCGAGCGGGCACGAGGAGCUGAUAGUAUUAACUGCAUUGUCUCUACGUCCAAGGAUAAGCUCUUGGAGUUUCUAGAUGGACAGAAUGGGUUUAUCACUCUUCCUCAAGCUCGUGAGGACCAUGCUAUCUUCCUCUGGACCGUAUUAGCUAACCGAAGUAAUCCUAUAAUGGUUGAGAUGUUCUGCGAGACUCUUUUUGAAGAUGACAUAGGGGGCAGUAACAUUGCAGUCACCACUCACAUUAUUUACGGUAAGAAGUACGAGAGGGGAUCUUCAUUCUUUCUCGAUUCAUUCUUCCUGUUCAAGGACAAGGUUCGUUUGGUCGCGACCCGUGGAAGAUUCCACGAUAGUAGCGAUCUCCGAUAUCUGGAGGAGAACUAUAAUCAUAAGCUUAAAACCCUUCAUUCACAUCUAGAUCUGGGAUACGUUGGUCACGCUAUCAAGAAAUUUGUGGAACUUGAUCGUUUGUUUGAGCGAAUUGGGAUCAAUUCUGAGGCGGCUCUUCUUGCUUCUGAGAAUCUGGACCUGGAGAGGGUCAAUCCACCAGGCCCUUUCGACGUCCAGCUUCAGUUGUCGAAGACGCACUGGCAGCUUCCAUAG